AUGUCCAUCCAGGGAACAGCGGCCACAGGCGUGAGGAGCAGGACUGAAGCUGGAAUCCCUCGUGGGAGCCAGUAUUCAAAGCUGCUACUGCCACUCAACAGACUGCUGAGGUCACCACAACCCGCACAGUCCCAAGCCCGGGGACGAGUGGGGGAAUAUGGAGUCCAACGUGCUCCCUGCACGUCUGCUACUGCAGAGGAGGAGAGAGUGGCUUCCACCUUUUCACCUUCCAGAUUUCACACAGUAGUAGAAAACGAAAUCCAAGCAAGCAUAGACCAGAUAUUCAGCCAUCUAGAACGUCUGGAGAUUUUGUCCAGCAAGGAGCCCCCUAACAAAAGACAGAAUGCCAGACUGCGUGUUGACCAGUUAAAGUAUGAUGUCCAGCACUUGCAGACCGCUCUCCAAAACUUCCAGCAUCGGCGAUACGCAAGGGAACAGCAGGAGAGACAGCGAGAGGAGCUUCUGUCUCGCACGUUCACCGCUAACAACUCUGAUACCACCAUCCCAACGGAUGACUCGCUGCAGUUCAACUCCUCCCUCCAGAAAAUUCACCACAGCGUGGAUGACCUCAUUGGAGGAGGGCACAGUAUUCUGGAGGGACUGAGGGCCCAGAGACUGACCUUGAAGGGGACUCAGAAGAAGAUCCUCGACAUCGCCAACAUGCUGGGCUUGUCCAACACCGUGAUGCGGCUCAUUGAGAAGCGGGCUUUCCAGGACAAGUACUUUAUGAUUGGUGGGAUGCUGCUCACCUGUGUGGUCAUGUUCCUCGUGGUGCAGUACCUGACAUGAGCCAGCCACGCCCCGAGGCCACCAUCGUUCCCACGAGUGAGAGUCUGCGUGAAAGCGUGUGCGUGAGCGAGAGAGGGGGGCCCAGAGGCUGCCUUCUGAAAUGUAUGCCCUUCUUAACUGUGAAGACCACUUGGAAGUAAUUGUGAUCUGUAACCUAGUGGGAGUUUCAAACCUGCUCUGUGUUCUGUGAUACCUUGGAGGGGGCAGUUAGUGCCACCACGCUGCACGGCGCUUAGGCAAUGAAAGAAGUACCUGUUCUCUUUCUCUCUUUCUUGCCCUCACUGGGGGAGGAAGUGACGGUAAGGGUAAGGGAGGAAGCAGGAAGCAGGAAGGAGAGGAUGGCUUUGCUGGUUUUGUCCACAUAGCUGCCGCGCACCCUGGGAAGCCUUUCAUAGUGAGCCUUGCAGAUAGGACCGUCCACUUGGUCAUCAUCUGGCCUUUCUGGCCCCUAAUGGGUAGGUCAGAGCAGAAGCAAAACGGAGGAGGGGAAAGAGGCCUUCUUUCCCUACAUCAUUGUAACAGAUGGAUUUCCAUGCUCUUGGUACUAGCUGCCCCCAUCCCCCAGGGACAUGCAGAUGACUAACUGCCGAUACUUGUCACCCUUCCCUGGAAGCAGCUACCUAGAGGAAACAGAGGCACUGAUGCUAUUGCAGACAGCAAGUAAGAUUUUCCACAUUAGGGUGUUGGGUGUUGCUCCUUUCUAAAGUGAGGCCAGUAUUAUUCCCUGAGAAUGUUUGGUCUUGAGACUGAAGACCCUAAUCACUGGUUUUUUUUUUCCAGUGGUUAAUAGAGCGGGUGGUUUCUGCAGUUCCAGGACUGCAGCCUGGCAUCAUGCCCAGGCCCUGGUGGGCCUUUGCCCCUGAGAAAGUCGCUGUAUGCGGAGGUUAGUGUUGUGUCCAUUAAAGCGUCUUCUGUAGUUUUAGCGUCUCUGAUUCUCUGGCUGUCUUCCCUUCCCUGAAAUCUAGCAGCUGCCAGCCAGGCCCCCAUUCUGCCCAACCAUUGUGGGCAGGCACCACCCUGGAGAUGUCCCUGGCGUCCUGUGAGUCUCUGUUGUCAGGGACCGGCACCUUUUUCUCUCUCUGGCCAACCGUGGAUCAAGGCUGCACCAGGACCUGGUGUAUUGUGAAAUUUAUUGUAAAGCCAGCCUCUCUGUUGUGAGUGAGCACUGCAAGUUCCAGAAAGACCUGGUUGGCAUGUGUUUUCAUGUGUCACAGGCCCUACCAGCCCCUAAGCUCACUAGCCUUGUGGCAAGACAUAAAAUAAUACUUGGAAUUUCCCGGAACUGGAACCCGGGUCAGUAUUAAUCCACCUGGGAUUUUCCUGCCUCACCUGCGUCCUAUAUGUGUUUUUUGUCACCAGGACGGUCAUCUGUCUUCUCUUCCUUUUCUGUGUGUGUUCCAUUCCACCUCCCUUAUUUACCUCCCACCUGUUUCUGUAGCAGUUUUGUUGUUUUUAGGCGUACCUUCUGGCGAAUGUGUCUUAGUUGUCACAGAUUUUCAACAUGAGUUUCCCCUGGUACUGAUUUCACACUUGGUGGGCUAUUGCUCCUACCCCUCUGUGCUAACCGAGGGCCCUGGAUUUCCAAGGAAAGGGGGAUCUGGGACCCCUUCAUAAAAGGGUUGCGGGUCCUUCCAGAGUGAGAACGGUGGCCUGGAGGGGAGACAGAGGAGUCUGGGCGUCUUCAGACCUAGGUCUGACUUUGGGGAGGUGAAAUUUCCAGCACCUCCUAGCUCCCCUGCCAGCACAGGGAUCUUAGCAGUCCAUAAAAAGAGUUCCGUAAAAUGGAUUUUUAAACUGCACAGAUCCAGUUGUCCUAUCCCUUGGGCAUCUAGGGAUCCUGCCGAAGAGCACCCUUUAGAGGAAGGUGCAUAAGGAACAACUAAGCCAUUUGGAGCUGGACUCGGGGCGGGGGUGGGUGUGGAAACUCCCCCAACACCCCAUCCUGCAUGGCUGAUGUGAUAGAUCUGUUUGUUAGGUACACCAGCGUGCUUCGACACUUGCCCUCCCAGUGAGCGCUGGUCUUGGUGAGCCAGAGGUAAGGCUUUCUGUCCUGCUGCACUUUGAGAGCCAUUCUCCCGACUUUGUAAUAAAAAUUAUGAAGACAGUUUGUGGGUCUCUACCACCUGGGGCUAGGAAACAGCCCCCACAGUGUGUCUGGAGACCCAGAGGCACUGAGAUGGCACAAGCUGGCUUUCAGGGCCUUGUGAGAAACACACCUUGGCCUCACUGGGUGCUCCUGUCUCCACAGCAACCCCCGCCCCCCCCCCCCCCCCCCGCCCCGCCAGAGCCUAAGGAAGUGGUCCAGGCUAGGGAAGGAGCACCCUCUAGUGGAGCUGGGGUGAAGCCUUAAGUCAAGCAGGUGAGAGAAUCUCCAGGGGACAGCAUCUUUGACCCUGUACGGGAUUUGGGUGUGCCUGUGGCAGUUGAAGACAGGUGGGUUGUCAAAGAACUUGGGAUUAUCUUCAUUCCAUGGAAGUUUACUCCAGGUGUGACCACUUUAAGAAAAACCAAACUCAAAGACCCAAGUAAGUAGGAGAGUCUUGAUUUUUAUACGAGGCUUCACUGCUGGGAUUUCCCAAAGUUUUUGCCCUGAUGAAUUCAAGUGGGUUUGAUUUGCAGAUUUGGAUUGACACCCAUUGUUUUUGAAACACGUCAGUUAAAUAAAGUUGGGAUUGAUAUUUUUUUUAGAAAAGUAUCUUGUAUAACUAUGGCCCCUUUUUUAAAGUUUCCAGGCCGGAGAUUCUCAAACACUGCUCCGUGGCCAGGGGCUAGGCUGGCUGCCUUAGAAGCAGCGGGAAGCUUUUUUAAAAUUAUAGAUUCCUGGGGGCCUAUCCCAAACCUUCUAAAUUAGAGUAUUUUUUAAGUCUCUAAGGUAACUCUGAUGUGUGUAUUUUGGAACCACUGUCUUUUACAUAAGGCUUUUGGCUUAAUCAAAGAUGAUACCAUUUGAAAAUAAAUGCUGAACUGGGCGGGCAUAUAUGUGUAAAGAACAAAACUUAUCGAGUCCAAAAUAAAGUCUCAUUUGUUUAUAUCCUCUCUUAUUCCAGAAAAGAUUUGAGGAAAUUUACAGGAACUGACUAAAACAGUGCAAUAUGAAGAAAUGAAGACCAAGAGCAAAUCAGAGUAGAGUGUCAUUACUAAGAAAAAAAAACCCAAAUGCAAGUCAUGAAGCCCUUCCAGAAUUGUUCUGGGUCUGCUUCUGAACCCCAGCAGCCAGAGCAAAGAGAGAAGCAUGAUCCGUCACUGUGUCAGUGCAGGUGGGGAUGCCAUUUGCUCAGAGGAAAACCCGGACCCUUACUACUGCUAGCUUGUGUGUGGCCCUUCCUGGAAGUCAGGUCUCCCUCCCCUCUGCUCUUCACAAACCCUCCGAAUCAGGUCAUGUAUUAUCCCCAUUGUGCAAGUGGCUGAGAUUCAGUGACCUUCUCCAGGCCCCACAUCUGUCUGGCUGUAUAGCCCAAGCUCAUGACCAUGGUACUGAGGCGCCUCCCGUGCCCGGGAUGAGGGGCAGGAGAUGUAGGCAGGAUGCCAGGAUUGCGUGUAGGCUGUAAGGCACUUGAGCCUCACAGGGCAGGUUCUCUGUCCUAAAGUAUUUUCCUAACUGAAUUCGGGAGAGGGCAUUUGUGGGGAAGUUUCUCAAGUGGAGAAUGCGCGCUGUACUCAGGCCUCGCCACUAGGGAGCGACAUAACCCUACCUGUGGCUGAGCUGUCCAGCACGGGGCUCUGGGCCUGAGGCCUCGUUUGUUUGGAAGAGGAGGAAACAGCCAUACCCUUGGGUUGGUUCCUUUUACAUACAAAAUUCCCUGCCGAGUGGUGGUUCUGGGCUGUUGCUUGGGGUUCUCAGGAUAUGGCCACAAAAGACCUGAAAUCUAUUAGUUCUGAUUUUCAGACUCGCCUUCCGUUCAGUCUUUCCCUCAGCACGUGGACAUUCUUGCAAACAAGCAUGGAAAACAUUUCUCAAAGCGUGUGUUCAUUCCUACUCCCCUUUUUAUGUCCUUUCAUUUCACGUGGCACUUGGGAUAGGAGGGAGGUGGGAUGGGGCCAGGGCAUCUGGUAGGUCCUUGGCGCCCUCCAGUGCAGUUGGUUAGUUCC